AAAGACAUGGCCAGCUUCUCCCUUUCCCACAUCAUAAAAAGGCUGGCACUUGCGUCUCCUCAUACAUUUAGAGUCCUACACUCCCUACCAAGAAAUGGUUUUGAAAUUUCAUGCAGGUUUAGAAAUGGCAAUGGCUGGAAAUGAGAAUGGCAGAAUCACUGGGAAUUGGAAGAAAUGUGUUCAUAUAGUUGGUGAGAAACUGAAGAGGCUUCCGAGUUUGGCUUGGCAAACCAUGUGCAAGGUGGGACACGAAGACCCCAGAAGGGUGAUCCAUGCUUUAAAAGUGGGUUUGUCUCUAACUUUUGUUUCUCUGCUGUAUCUGGUGGAGCCACUAUUCAAAGGGAUUGGAAAGAAUGCUAUUUGGGCUGUAAUGACCGUGGUGGUUGUGCUUGAGUUCACAGCAGGGGCAACAUUAUGCAAAGGUCUGAACAGAGGAUUGGGAACCCUUCUGGCAGGAUUAUUAGCAUUGCUUAUAGAGUGUAUUGCAAAAUCAUCAGGCCAUGUAUUUAAAGCCAUCUCCAUUGGAACUGCUGUUUUUUUAACAGGAUCUGCUGCUACUUAUAUGAGGUUCUUUCCCUACAUAAAGAUGAACUAUGACUACGGCGCAGUGAUAUUUCUCUUGACCUUUAAUCUCAUAACUGUGUCGAGCUACCGAGUUGACAAUGUAUUGACCAUUGUACACGAUCGCCUGGUCACCAUAGUCGUAGGCUGCGGCAUUUGCCUUGUCAUGAGUCUAUUGAUAUUUCCAAAUUGGUCAGGGGAAGACCUUCACAAUUCCACUGUUUUCAAGCUCGAAGGCUUAGCCAAUUCUAUAGAAGCGUGUGUCAAUGAAUACUUCUAUGGUGAAAUGGAAGCAAGUGAAGACAUAAAGUCGUCCGAGGAUCCUAUUUACAAAGGUUAUAAGGCAGUUCUGGACUCAAAAUCCACUGAUGAAACACUGGCAUUACACGCAAGUUGGGAGCCGAGGCACUCAAGGUAUUGUCACAGAUUUCCGUGCAAGCAGUAUGUGAAUGUUGGAGCUGUUCUUCGCCAAUUUGGGUACACCGUGGUUGCUUUGCAUGGCUGUUUAAGAACUGAAAUUCAGACGCCACGAUCUGUUCGAGCCCUGUUCAAGGAUCCCUGCAUACGGCUUGCGGCAGAGGUGUCAAAAGUUCUCAUAGAACUAGCCAACAGCAUAAGGAAUCGUCGCCAUUGCUCUCCGGAAAUACUCUCCGAUCAUCUUCAUGAAGCCUUACAAGACCUUAACACUGCAAUAAAAUCUCAGCCUCGUCUCUUCUUGGGAUCCAAUAAUAACCGAGCAACCAACAUGUUUGCUAUAGCUGCGGCACAGGCAGGGCAGAAAAUGCAGAAGCACAGUAAUGGAGUUUCCCUAUCAAGUGUUAAAACCGACUCUUCGGCAUUGCUGGAGUGGAAAACGAAGAGGGUUUCUGCUGAACAGUCAAAGGACGCAGAGCGAAAGUCUUUAAGACCCCAACUAAGUAAAAUCGCGAUAACUAGCCUUGAGUUCUCUGAAGCUCUUCCUUUUGCUGCUUUUGCUUCAUUGCUGGUGGAGACAGUUGCAAAACUGGACUUUGUCAUAGACGAAGUUGAAGAACUGGGGAGAUUAGCCUGCUUCAAAGAGUUCAAACCCGAUGAUGAGGUUGUUGUGACUAGUGAGAAACCCCGUGUUGAUGUGACUCAAAACCAUUUACCUUCUCACGGUGUAGAUUGAUAUACAGAGUUCUUACCAACUGUAUUCUUUCAUGAAUAAGAAAUUAAUGAUGCUCUAUUAUUUGAUAAUUUUUGACGUCUUUGAAA